AUGAUGGGGGUUAAAUAUCUCGCAGCACUACUGUUGCUGGCCGUAGUGGCAUCCGUCAAUGCACAGGUUGAAGACCAUUGCGCUUUCAUGGUAGCAAUACCAAGGCCACCAACGCCUCAAUUACCAGAAUUUGACUUUGAUGGUCUAAAAUGGGAAGACCGACCUUUACUCCCACCACCCGUACGGGAAGAAGUAUGCAUGGGACUGUAUCUUCGGCAAGGCAAUGUCGGUCAACAGGUCAUCUACAUGGAAGAGGAGAUAGAAGGCGAUGUUAUCGUUGCUAAACUCAAUUAUCAAGGUGAGGCGCAACCAACCAUAGGAGUCAACUUUAUCCAGGGUUUUUCUGAUUUGUUGGGAGCGGAGAUAAGACGGAUUCCAGAACUCGACAAUCAUUGGUACCUGGUCAUCACAGAAAGGCAAGACUACGAGAUUCAAAUGAUGCAACUCUAUCAGUUCCUGAUCCAAGUUCCGGGUGAGACAGUCCAAGCUGGUGUCACGUUGGUAAUAGUGAAUAUAGAUGAUAAUCCUCCCAUCAUACAUGCACUGGAGCCCUGCGUGGUGCCAGAACUCGGCGAUGCCCGCCUAACAGAAUGCGUAUACGAAGUAACAGACAGAGACGGAGAGAUCAGCACCCGGUUCAUGACGUUCGAAGUGCUAAGUGAGAGGAAUGAUAAUGAAAUAUUUUACAUGAAGGGAGAGUACAAUUCAGCUGACUGGCAGACGAUGACGAUGACCGUUGGCAUCACGAGGCCGCUCGAUUUCGAAACAAAUCGACUUCACAGUUUCACUGUUGUAGCUAGGGACUCGUUACCAAACAACGAUACUGUAUCAAUGUUGGUGCGAGUAGAGAACGUGGAGCACCGUCCACCUCGCUGGGUAGAGAUAUUCGCGGUGCAGCAGUUCGACGAGAAGACAGAACAGAACUUCAUCGUGCGCGCCAUCGACGCCGACAUUGAGAUCGACAAGCGGAUCGACUACUAUCUAAUCACCGAUCCUGAAGAUACCUUUUUUUCUAUCAAACCCAACGACGAUGAAUUGGGUGGAGCAACUCUGUUUGUGGCACCUAUAGAUAGAGAUACACUCGAGAGGGAACUGUUCCGUCUGACAAUAGUCGCACAUAAAUAUGACAACCGGUCCCUCGCCACUGAAGCCAAUGUCAUUAUUAUUGUCAACGACAUCAACGACCAAAGACCGGAGCCUCUCAGGAAGGAGUAUCGCACUCAAAUCGAAGAAGAAACACCGGUCACUUUAAACUUUGGACGCGAUUUUGGAUUCCAUGAUCGUGACUUGGGUGAAAACGCUCAGUACACCGUGGAGCUGCGAGACGUGUUCCCGCCGGGCGCCGCCUCAGCCUUCGCCAUAUCACCUGACGAGGGUUACCAACGGCAGACGUUCAUUAUGAGCACCGUCAAUCACACCAUGCUUGACUACGAAGUCCCUGAAUUUCAAAAUAUCAUUUUGGAGCUAGUGGCAACAGACAAGAAUAAUUCCGAAUUCGUUGGUGUCGCGACUCUUUAUAUCGAUUUGAUAAACUGGAACGAUGAGUUGCCAAUAUUCGAAGAGACAGCAUACCACGUGACCUUCCAAGAGACAGUAGAAAAGGACUUCUUCGUGGGCACGGUGCUCGCUACAGACCGCGAUAUUGAUGAUAAAGUCGUACAUUCACUGAUGGGUAACGCCGGGGACUUGCUGCGUAUAGACGAGGAAAGUGGGAAUAUUUACGUUAAAGUCGACGACGCUUUUGAUUAUCAUCGACAGAACAUAUUGUUCGUGCAGAUUCGCGCUGACGACACAUUGAUAACAUUGGAUCGCAGUACUCAUACAACCACCACACAAUUGGUGAUACAACUGGAAGACGUUAAUAACACGCCGCCUACUUUAAGGCUGCCUAGAGCGAGUCCUAGUGUGGAAGAGAAUGUACCAGAAGGAUAUGUCGUGGAGGAAAACCUGAGAGCGACGGACCCUGAUACCACCGCGCACCUCGUGUUCGAGAUCAACUGGGAUGAGAGCUGGGCCACCAAGCAGGGACGACCCACACAUGAGGACGAAUACCACGAUUGCGUAACGAUUAAAACAGAAUAUGUUGACGGGAACAUGGGGUCAGCCAUUGGUAUUAUCGAGGUGAGAGAGAUCCGACCCAACGUCACCAUUGACUUCGAAGAGUUCGAGGUGUUGUACCUCAGCAUCAGGGUACGAGACCUCAACACCGUGUAUGGAGACGACUAUGAUGAAGCGAUAUUCACGGUGAACAUUAUCGACAUGAACGACAACGCACCGAUAUUCUCAGAGGGAACUUUGGAUCAGUCGAUGAGAGUGCGUGAGGUGUCCGCCACCGGGACCGUCAUCGGCUCAGUUCUCGCCACAGAUAUCGACGGACCGCUCUACAACAACGUGCACUACUCUAUACAACCUAUAAAUGAUACUCCGGACGGACUAGUGAAAAUAGAUCUCAUAUCGGGUCAGCUCACAGUGGAUGCUGAUGAGGCUAUAGAUGCUGAUGUACCGCCACGUCACUAUCUCUACUAUGAAGUAACGGCCAGUGAUAGAUGCCUGGAGGAAGAAUGCCCGCCAGAUCCCAUGUACUUUAACACAACGGGUUACAUGAAAAUAGAGAUUCUCGAUACGAACAACAAAUUUCCGGAGGAACAGACUGAUCUGUUCAGAACUGUGGUGCCCGUCUGGGAGAACGUCACUAGCGGUUACGAAAUCGAACAGAUAUUCGCCAGCGACCUCGACAGAGAUGAUUUGUACCACCAAGUGCGCUACCAAAUCAACUACGCCUGGAAUCCGCGGCUGAGAGCGUUCUUUGAUAUAGACCUAGACACGGGUAUGCUGUUCGUGAACUACACCACGGACGAAGUGCUGGACCGGGACCGUGGGGAACCGACGCAUACCAUAUUCGUUAAUCUCAUCGAUAACUUCUUCACAGCUGGAGAUGGACGAAGGAACCAAAACACAACAACUAUAGAAAUUAUACUAUUAGACGUCAAUGACAAUGCUCCUGAAUUACCUGAUGAUCUAUCGUGGUCUAUCUCUGAAGGACUUCUAGAGGGCGAGCUAGUAGAUCCGAUCAUCUUCGCACCAGAUAUAGAUGAGCCCGGUACCGACAACUCGCGGGUCGGUUACAGCGUCUUAAAUAUGACCACCACUAGAGAUAUAGACUUGCCGAUACUAUUCGACACGUACCUUAUUGAACGUGAGGAUGGGAACCGAGCGAGACUGCGCACAACUCAGGCCUUGAGAGGCUACUGGGGCACACACAUGGUACAUAUUAAGGCGUUCGAUCACGGCGAAGAACCUUUGCACACGGAUAUGUGGUGCCCAGUUGAGAUUCGUCCAUACAACUUCCAUGAUCCAGUAUUCGUGUUCCCGAGACCAGGGGCCACUAUUAGGUUUGCCAGGGAGCGUUCGAUGGCGAACAAUCUGUUGAUAACGGCGGACGGUAACGUACUGGAGCGUCUCAGCGCCACUGAUGAGGACGGUCUGCACGCGGGCAGUGUCACCUUCUCCAUCUUUGGCGACGCUGCUGCAAUUGAGCACUUCACUAUUACUAAUGAUGGUGAAAACAGCGCCACGCUUUUACUGAGCAAAGUCCCCGAUGACGACGUCACGGAAUUCCAGAUAACAAUUCGCGCGACUGACGGUGGCACGGAGCCUCACUCACGUCACACCGACUCCACGAUCCGCGCACUAUUUGUCACCACACUAGGGGAACCCAUCUUCGACGAGGACUCUAUUACAGUACCUUUUACCGAGGGUCCCAUCGGUUUAGAGGAGAGCCACCAGUUGCCACUCGCGGAGGACCCUAAAAACUAUGGAUGCACAGACGACUGUAACGACAUCUUCUAUCGUAUUGCUGGAGGAACCACCAGUGAGUACUUCCACUUGGACCCAGUAAAUAAUCUGUUGUCUCUGGCUCGUGAACUGGACCAAGAGCAGCUCCGCACGCACACCAUCGUCAUCGCCGCAAGCAACUCCCCCACCGGCUCUGGCACCCCGCUAGAUGGCACCACGCUCACUGUCAUCGUCAAUGUCAUCGAAGUGAAUCCUCGACCUGUUUUCGAAAGAAAACUGUAUACCGCCGGCAUAUCGGUUUUAGAUACUAUUCAAAGAGAACUCCUUACGGUUCAGGCUCAUCAUUCGCUAGGCGACACCAUAACGUACGCUAUAGAUAUGGACAGUAUGGAGAUGGACAGCAGCCUAAGCGCGGUGGCGGGCGCGGCGUUCCUGCUGCACCCCUCGACGGGCGUACUCACUCUCAACAUGCAGCCGACCGCUAAUAUGCAUGGAAUGUUCCAGUUCGACGUGAUCGCCACUGAUACUGCAAACGAAACCGGCAGGGCCCGAGUGCAAAUAUUCCUGAUAUCGACACAAAACCGAGUAGUGUUUGUAUUUGAUAACACUUUAGACGAAGUUGUUAAUUACACGGAUUUCAUAGCGGAGAUAUUUAGUGCGGCGUUCCAAAUGACGUGCAAUAUCGACCAAGUGUUGCCAGCGAGUGACGAUAACGGAAUCGCCACAGACAAGACGGAAGUGCGAGCGCACUUCAUACGAGACAACUUGCCCGUGCCCGCUGAAGAAAUUGAACCACUACGCAGCGACACGCUGCUCCUGCAACAGAUCCAGAUGCGGCUCAACGAGCGCUCGCUGGUGCUGCAGGAUCUAUCCACGGGCCCCGGCAGCAUAGUAGACAACGCCGCACAGAUCACCGUAUACGUACUCGCCGCGCUCUCGGCACUGCUCGCUUUCCUGUGUAUAGUGAUACUGAUCACAUUCAUAUGCAAGACUAGAGCCUUGAAUCGUCGCAUGAAAGCGAUGUCCCUCACUAAGUUUGGCUCCGUCGACUCUGGCCUGAACCGCAUGGGACUCGCGCCUGGCACCAACAAACACACCGCGGAGGGAUCCAACCCCAUAUACAACGAGACCAUCAAAGCACCGGAUUUCGAUGCCAUCAGUGACAUGAGCAACGACUCCGACCUCAUCGGCAUCGAGGAUCUGCCACAAUUCGGCAACGAUUAUUUCCCACCCGGCGACAACAACUCUCAACAAGGGAUUAUUGCCGAUCAGGUUUGAUUUUUAGUUUUUAUAAGGAAAAACAGUCAGACUAGGUUUUAGAAAACAGGACAGGUUGAAAAAGUUACGUAGAGGAGA